AUGAACGUCCUGUCUGCAGUCAUCCGCUCUCGUCGUAAUACUUUAUCGACCCACAUUCGCUUCUCCUCGACCUUUGGAAUUGUAUUUGAUGUGGAUGGUGUGUUAUUACGUGGCAAAUCGCCACUUCCUGGGGCUCGAGAUGUGCUACUCGAGUUACAAGCGACCAACAUUCCGUAUGCCAUUAUGACGAAUGGUGGUGGCUACAGUGAGGAGAAAAAGGCGCGUCAAUUGGAACAGAUACUGGGUCAUGGGGUCUCCAUUCCUACUGAACUCAUGUGCAUGAGUCAUACGCCAAUGCGGGAGCUCGUAGCGAAACAUGGUGACGAACUGGUGCUGGCAGUAGGUAAAGAUUGUGCCGAGUUGAGACAAGUGAUGGCGAAGUACGGCUUUAAACACGUUGUGACGGUCGAUCAAUUGCAUCGACAUUUUCCAACCAUGUACCCAGACGUUAAAGUGACUGAUUUGCUGGUCCAUGAUGGACGCUUUGACUCGCAGCCAUUUGCGGCGGUCUUUGUGCUCAUUGAUCCCAUUUAUUGGGGUCGAGAGCUACAGAUUGUGAUGGAUGUGUUAUGCGCACCCAAUGGACUUUUGGGACGACGAACGGUUGAAGGAGAUGGUAAAGGAGAUCGUCAACAUAUUCCUUUGUACUCGGCGUGCUCGGACUUUCAAUAUGUGGGUGAGUUCCAUCUUCCCCGAUAUGGUGCUGGAGCUUUUCAUGCCAUGUUGGAAAAUCUAUUUACACACACGACGGGACACACAUUGGAAAAGACGCUGUUUGGUAAACCACAACGCACAUCAUUUGAGUUUGCUGAGACGCUCAUUGACGCGCAACGUGAAGAUGUUGAACGCAUUUAUAUGGUGGGAGACAACCCGAAGACGGACAUUCAUGGCGCUAAUGAGGCUGGUGGCAGAUGGAAGUCGUUGCUUACGUUGACAGGCAUGCAUAGUGGACCAAAUAAUCAUGAUGAGCAUCCGGCGUAUGAAGUUGUGGAGGAUGUGGCACAGGCGCUCGCCUUCAUUAAGCAGGACUUUGCAAAAUUACAGGCAGAGAAGUCGACAACGUAA